GCACAGAACGUUGUCGUUUUGGGAUAAUCCUUAUCUCUUGGGGCAACCAAUUAUUGAUUUUUUUUUCUUUCUUCAACUUUCCUCAUUCGUUCUCUUCUUGAAGAUAUUUUUCCAUUUUCUCGAAUCUUCUUCUUCCUAGAUUCCAGCGACUUAAUAACAACAACAACAACAACAUAUUCUCUUCUGGGUAGAAAAGAUUCGAAUUUCUUUUUUUGUGAUCAGAGAUGGAUCGAGCUCCAGUGACAACAGGACCUAUGGAUAUGCCGAUUAUGCACGACAGUGAUCGAUAUGACUUCGUUAAGGAUAUUGGUUCUGGUAAUUUUGGUGUUGCUCGUCUUAUGAGAGAUAAACUCACUAAAGAGCUUGUUGCUGUCAAGUACAUCGAGAGAGGAGACAAGAUUGAUGAGAAUGUUCAAAGGGAAAUUAUUAACCACAGGUCAUUAAGGCAUCCUAAUAUUGUCAGAUUUAAAGAGGUCAUUUUGACACCGACUCAUCUGGCUAUCAUAAUGGAAUAUGCUUCUGGCGGUGAACUUUACGAGCGGAUUUGCAAUGCAGGACGGUUUAAUGAAGAUGAGGCUCGGUUCUUCUUUCAGCAGCUUAUAUCUGGAGUCAGUUAUUGUCAUGCAAUGCAAAUUUGCCAUCGCGACCUAAAGCUUGAGAAUACAUUGUUGGAUGGGAGUCCUGCUCCUCGAUUAAAAAUUUGUGAUUUUGGAUAUUCAAAGUCUUCUGUUCUUCAUUCACAACCAAAGUCAACUGUCGGUACUCCUGCAUACAUCGCUCCAGAGGUUCUGCUUCGUCAGGAAUAUGAUGGCAAGAUUGCUGAUGUGUGGUCAUGUGGUGUGACCUUAUAUGUCAUGUUGGUUGGAGCUUAUCCGUUCGAAGAUCCAGAUGAGCCCAGAGACUAUCGGAAAACAAUACAGAGAAUCCUUAGCGUUAAAUACUCGAUCCCUGAUGACAUACGGAUAUCACCUGACUGCUGUCAUCUAAUUUCAAGAAUCUUUGUGGCUGAUCCCGCUACCAGAAUUAGCAUUCCAGAGAUCAAAACCCACAAUUGGUUCUUGAAGAAUCUCCCAGCUGAUCUAAUGAACGAGAGCAACACAGGAAGCCAGUUUCAGGAGCCUGAACAACCAAUGCAGAGCCUUGACACAAUCAUGCAAAUCAUCUCUGAAGCCACGAUUCCCGCUGUUCGAAACCGUUGCCUAGAUGAUUUCAUGACAGACAAUCUUGAUCUUGACGAUGACAUGGAUGACUUUGAUUCUGAAUCUGAAAUCGACAUUGACAGUAGCGGAGAGAUAGUUUACGCUCUCUAAUAAAAAAAAACUUUUUUAAUGACCAAAACACUUCUCUAUCUGUUCUAAGACCAGUGUUCUGAUCCUCUGGUUUCAAUUUCUACCAUUUUUGUAUUGUCUCUGUUUGUUUCUUGCAUACCUAUAUAUGUAAUGUAAAAUAUCAUAUCUGUGUAUA